AUGCCUGCGAAAGAUGCGUUGAGAUUGGAACAGUUGCAUAACAGGGUAGAUGCCAUACACCACAACCUAAACACAGCUGAUAAGGUAUGGUACAGUAACAAAGAAUAAUUGAGAGUGCAUUUAUUAAGCCUGGCAGUACCAUAAGCACUCUUGAAUAACGUUGCCUGGUAAUGUGUUUCAUUUUUAUUGGUAUUUUGACAUAACAUGUUUGGCCUGGAAUUUUAGCUAUACAGCCAUUUCACUGUGACUCAUGUGACCAAGUCACAAAAGUUUAGGAUUUAAAUGCAAUGAUGUGUCAUUUCUGCGAAGGGGCUGUAUAUUGUAACUGGUAUAUUGUGUAACACCCCCCCCCCCCCUGCCUCAGCCUGCAUAAUAAAGUGGUAGGUGGUAGGUAAAAUAUUGAAUUAGAACACAUUUGUAGGUGCAAUGCUGCUGGUGGUAUCAUGAGUAAAUGUUUAUGAACACUCAGUAUCAAAAGUACCUUUUCAAGUUUGAAUUAAUGCCGAAUGGAUUUGCAAUUAUCAGAUUCUAUCUUUGUUCCCUAAUAUUUUGUUCUUCAUGUUACAUUUUCUUUAACUGUAGAUGAGAUUGUGCCGAAAGAUCCUUGUUAAUCAAUUUCUUAUGAAGAAAUCCCCUGAAUGGAGGAAUAUGUGUUCUUCUGUUAUUGGUGAAUCCGUAAGUUUUGCUAGUUCAUUAUGGCACCAGUCAGUCACCCUUUAAUUAUUUUAAUUAUAAUCACUCUUGUGUUGUGUAUAUAUACGGGGUAAUAUAUGUUAUUAGAAUGUUAGGGUUUGUAAUCAAAGUGAGCAUAUAUACAUUUUAAGACCUAACCAGGAACGACUGCGAAAAAUGCAGCACAAGGUCCUCUGGUAGGAAUUGAACCUACGGCCCUGCGAUUCCGGUGCAGCACUCUAACCGACUGAGCUACAGAGGCCAGCUGUUGAGCUGUAACCGUAAGUUCAUGUAUAUAUAGGUAAUCGGGUGUGCGGUUUGUGAUAAGGUGGACUUCAAUUAUUUGCAUUCUUGCACUUCACUUGGUGGAAUUAAUAUUAGAAUGUUAGGGUUUGUAAUCCAAGUGAGCAUAUAUACAUUUUAAGACCUAACCAGGAACGACUGCGAAAAAUGCAGCACAAGGUCCUCUGGUAGGAAUUGAACCUACGGCCCUGCCAUUCCGGUAUAGUGUUGUUGUUUACUUUUAGUAUUUAAUUACCUUGCCAAUAUUGUGUUUGUGUUACCACUGUGUGCAUAUGCAGGGCACUUGAAAACUGCUGUGCGAAUUGUUAUGUAGAUGCUUUUUCUUGACCAGGAAAAUUAUCUUGCAUUAGAAGUGUUAAUUUGUAAAAGUACUGUGCAUGGGGCAUAUUAAUCCUUUAACACGUCACCCUACUUUGGCAUGCCCCCUGUUAAAUUGUCUAAAAUUGUUUGGUUAAUUUAUUUUAUAGGAGAGUACACUUGCAAAUAUUUUCUUUGUGAGCGCUGAUGUUAGUGAAAAGGUGUUCGAACUGAUGCUCGAAAUGAUAACCAACUACCGCCAAAUGAGAUUAAAGGGGCAAAGAGCAACAAAGAAAGUACUGAAAGACAUUAAGUGUCAGGCAGAUUUCCCAUAUGGUAAACUGAAGUGUAUGAGAGGGGAUAUCACUGAGAUAGAGUUGAUCAACAUCUUGAGUGAAGUUAACUCUAAAGAGAAGUCGUUGGCAGAAAUGGAAUCUGACCUCGUUCGGUUAAAAGAGAUGCGUGCAUUGCAAAGUUUCUUCGCCAAGUAUUCAAAUUGCUCAUCCUGGCAAGAAGCGCGAGAAAGGUACUGUUUAUACUAGUUGGUUUAAACUGUAAGCUGCUGCAUUGAACAUUUCCAGGAGACGAAAAAGAAAAGGACACAGCAACAACAUAUAGGGGAGAAAAACGUGUAAAACUCCUGAAUCUUUCUUCUGAAUCUUUCUUUUGAUUGGACAGGCUUUAGUUUGAUUAGAUAUUUCUUUUUGUUCUGCAAUGCGAUUGGUUAGUGUGCUCUAAAUUUGUGUCCCUACUUACUGUAGACGCACUGUAAACAUUCAGAACUGCCCUUUUCUGAGCUGUUAAACGCGAUUCAGAGUAUAUCAUAUCUCUACAAUUCUCUUACUGUGAUGAAUGUUCUCUUUUAUAUAUUACAGAUAUCCUGAGUUUACCAAUGAAGAAAGCAUUCAAGGUUUUAGGGGUGAUGUUGUACGUGGAAAGUCCACUGAACGUUUCAAGUCAUAUAUCCAGCGUGCUAUUUCGUUUAAAGCAACCGAUGGCACAUUUAAAGAGGGUGUCACAAUUGUAAAUAUUGAUUGCCUGACUGAGUUAUGCCCCAGUCUCCUUGACGAAAAGGUGCCACAGUUCAAAGGAUGUGAAAUAGUGUUUCUUGACUUACCAAAGGUAAGAGGUUUCAUGUUUGUUUUCUAAAUACCAUCUGUUCAUUCUGUUGGCUAAUAAUGGAAUAGUUAAACUUAAUAUGAACCCACCAUUAAUUAGUUCAAAGUUGUAUUGCUAGUUGUGGUACUAUUUUUUCUGUGUUCUUUUAUAGUUUCCACCACUAGUGAUGGAAUGAAUGUAACUUGAUUGUAUUCGGGGGGGGGUUGUACUAACGGUUUGCUAAUUUUGCUAUUGAGUAUUCAAAUGUCAAGCAAAUGUCAUUGAUCAAUCAAAUCUAAAAAAAAAACAUUAAAAGCCAUAAUGAGACAACAGUAAUUUGAGUAGUAUGUGCUUAUUACUGACACCAGUGGAACACUAACCGACACCUGUGAAGCAUUGACCGACACCAUCAAACCACCACUUGACACCCUCAGAGUGCUUGUCAACAAACACUUGGCACUAGAGCACAACCCCACCACCACCACCAGAUCAUGCUGGAUGUAUCAUUGGUAAUGUUUUCUUGAGAGAGCAUUCUCACUGACUUAACAAUAUUAAAGAUAAAUAUCAAGAGACAAACUAAAAUUAAUUUAUCUUAUUUUUAGACUUGGUCAUCAGAGAACCUUUCCCAUUUUGUUAGAAUGGUGAGAGGAAUGAAUUCAAGAAAGAAUGUUGAUGAGGCAACAUUUGUCAUCUUUCCUGUUAAUUGUUCAGCAGCUAAGACGAUUGAACAAAUAAGUCUUAUUAUUGAUACGAUGAACAGACUGGACAAAGCUUUCCAUUUGGCAUAUUAUCACAACAGUGGAAAUACAACUACAGGUACAAUGAAAAUGAAUAUUAUGUUUUCUUCUAGGUUAUUGCGUAUUUGACCAGUUAAGCUUGCAUGCUCUUGGCCUAACACUCUUGUAUUUGUACGUAUGA